AUGAAGAUCACUUCUACUGACUCUGUUGCUACCACUGAUAAAGUAGCAUCUACAAGUGUAGUAGAAAAAUCUACUGCUACUAAUGAAGAAGUUUCUGUUGCUUCCACAGAUGAAGUAGCAUCUAUAGAUGUAGUUGAUAUUACUACUAGUGAAGAAGUUUCUGUUGCUUCUAAAAUUGAAGCAACAUCUAUACUUGAUGCUACUUCUAAGGAAAAAGUUUCUGUUGCUUCUACAGGGACAGAUGAUGGCAGCACUUCUUCUGAUUCUGUUGCCUCCAUUGAUGAAGACAUCACUGUGACGUCUACAGUUAAUGAUGAAGAUAUGACUGCCUCAGUGGAUGAAGAUAUUUCUGUGAUAUCAACAGUUAAAGAUGAAGAGGUGACUACCUCCGUAGAUGAAAAUAUUUCUAAAACAUCUGUCGAUGAAGGAAGCACGUCUUGUGAUUCUGUCACUUCCACAGAUAAAGACAUUUCUGGUAUCUCUACUGGUGUACUAGAUGCUACUACUAUUGAGGAAGAAGUUUCUGUUGCUUCCACAAAUGACGACAUUCCUGUUACUUCCAUAGAUGAAGAUGUUUCAGGACCAUCUAAAAGUAUACUAGAUACAGCCAUUGGUGAAGAUGUUUCUUGUAUUUCCACCAAUGAAGAUGUUUCAAAAGCAUCUAUAAGUGUACUAGAUGCUAUUACCAUUGGUGAAGAAGUUUCUGUUGCUUCCACAGGUGAUGACAUUCCUGUUACUUCCAUAAAUGAAGAUGUUUCAGGAGCAUCUAAAAGUAUACUAGAUGCGGCCAUUGGUGAAGAUGCCUCUGUUACUUCUACCAAUGAAGAUGUUUCAGGAGCAUCUAUAAGUGUACUAGAUGCUAUUACCAUUGGUGAAGAAGUUUCUGUUACUGCCACAGAUGAUGACAUUCCUGUUACUUCCAUAGAUGAAGAUGUUUCAGGAGCAUCUAAAGGUAUACUAGAUGUGGCCAUUGGUGAAGAUGCUUCUGUUACUUCCACCAAUGAAGAUGUUUCAGGAGCAUCUAUAAGUGUACUAGAUGCUAUUACUAUUGGUGAAGAAGUUUCUGUUACUUCCACAGAUGAUGACAUUCCUGUUACUUCCAUAGAUGAAGAUGUUCCUGUAGGUGUACUAGAUGAUACCGUUGAUGAAGGUGUUGCCAUUACUUCCACAAAUGAAGAAGUUUCUAAUACUUCCACAAAUGAAAAAAUUUCUGUAACUUCCACAAAUAAAGAAGCUUCCAUGGCAUCUACUGGUGUACUAGGUUCCCCUACUAGUGAAGGCAUUGAUUCUAAUGCGGACAUACUUGUAGAUACAGAAGUUGAUGACAUUGUCACUAGCAUAAUUGAUGUAGCAAUUGUUACUGAAGGUAUUACAAAUGAAGAAGUUUCUGUUACUUCUCCAGAUGAAGAUGUUUCUGUGGCAUCUACUGGUGUACUAGGCUCCCCUACAGGUGUUGAUUCUAAUGUGGACAUACUUGUAGAUACAGAUGUUGGUGACGUUGUCAUUAGCAUGAUUGAUGUAGUAAUUGUUACUGAAGGUAUUACAAAUGAAGAUGUUUCUGUGGCAUCUACUGGUGCACUAGGUUCCUCUACUAGUGAAGGCAUUGAUUCUAAUGCAGACAUACUUGUAGAUAUGGACAUUGAUGGUGUUGUCGCUAGGAUGUUCCUGUUUCUGAUGGUACUUCUGAAUCCAUAA